CAAAGCUCAUCAUCCGAGAAUCAAUGCGAUCGACGCACCGAAAAGGCAAGAGCCAUUAAAUCACCUCGGGAUCAGAUCAAAAGCGGCGACCGAGGGCGCUCUCUGUCAGGUGUGAAAUAUGACCCACACCGUCUUACGGUGGCAACCAGAUCAUACGUAUACGACUCCGCUGGUCCCUUCUUUGAUUUAACACUUGCUAGGAGCUGGUCAUCUUCAGUUAGAUCUCGACUACCGAUGCGAGAGAUCCUUGCACCCAACACACACACACCAGUUCUUGUUCCGUGUCAGCUUUCAAAGCUACACACGCGAGUGGCAGUGAAUGUGAGACGUACCAGAGUACGCUUCUGCUGAUGGUCUACUUACGAUGCGAUCGUGACCAGUCGGGGAAAUAAAAACAUUAAGGCUUGCCGUCUUAGACACGCGUCACGGACAGUUCGCCGUUUCUUCAAAUAGGAUCGGACAAGGACGUUUUUGCCUGCUUAUGGUAGAGGAUUAUGGUAGUGCGUACGAAAACGACGACCUAAUAGGUCUAGAGAAGAAAGUCUUCAUUUCAGGGGAACAACAAGAGAACGGUAUGUCGCAGAUGGCGGAUUUCAUGAUGAAGAUCUCGUUCUUCGAACUUCACUGAUCGAUCUUUGUCACAUACGACAGGUUUUUCUGGUGCAACAACACCUGGUUGGGCGUAAAUAAAAUUUAUGGACUGGUGGUGCACCAAUUCCAACAAUAAUGAAACGCUCAUACUAGCCAAGAAUGAUGUUUUUGAACCACAACGAUUAUCAGCACAUGUCCAACGAUACGUCUCUAGAUGGGUACACCUCGCCAAGGGUCUCUUCGCCCGACAGCCACUACAAUUUGAAGGUGUCCAGUCCGUCGUCCAUAGCGUCGGAUCCAGGGAUGUCCUCCCAGAGGUAUACCUCGAACUACACGCAUUGGGGCCACGAAUACUAUGGCAAGAACAAUAACAUCUACAGCGACAAGUACGAUUACGACAGGUAUCGAUGUCAGUCUGCAAACUCUCUAAAUUAUCAGCACUACAAGGAGGGCGAAGGUAAGGACACGAAGAAGAAGAGCCAACCUCAGGCAGGGAUGGAAGUUAUGAAGAAGAGGAGGUUGGCUGCUAAUGCAAGGGAGAGAAGGAGGAUGAACAGUCUGAACGAUGCUUUUGACAGGUUGAGGGAUGUUGUACCGUCGCUAGGUAACGAUAGGAAGCUGUCGAAGUUUGAGACCCUUCAGAUGGCUCAGACAUAUAUCGCAGCUUUACACGAACUGCUUCAGAGAGAUUGAGGUAGGAGUUUUUAAGGGUUUUCGAUAAAAUCAUUCCCGUAAUUUUCUAGCGAAAAUUAUAUUGGAUGUUGAUAAGGGAUCUUUCAGAGUAUCUGAUUAUAGCAAAUGUAGGAUAAUGGGAAUAGAGAUGAUUUGGUAGUAAUUGAUUUUGAAGGGUUUGCGUGGAAGAUUCAAACAACGUUUGAACGUUUAAUUUUAAAUAAGAAGGCGUUGAACUAGCGACAGUGAUACUGUCAAAUAUUCAUAAUAUCAUAAAACUACUCACUUUUUCUCAUAUUAUUAAUUUCCUAUUCAGAAAGUAAAAGAAAUGAAGAAC